GGCCAAAGCAGCGCCACAGAGCCGAGGAAGCUACCUCAGGCCGGCCUGCUGCACGCCUUUCGUAGGCUCACGAAACAGCUGGACAGCCAGCCUGCUGAGCAGCACCAAGGUUAGCGCUCCCCCAUAGUGGGCAGCCUGCCUGGGGGCAGCCGCCGCGAGCGCCGCCGCGAGCCCAGCCUACAGGAAGACAGAAAGUAUAUAGACAAGAAGCCACGAUGGUCGCCGCCGCCCCGGCCCCGGCGCCGGCCGAGACCUGGCCGCCGUCGCCGCCGGCCGCGACGACGCAGCAGCGCGGCUACUUCUCGGAGAUGUUACAAUAUGGCCUGGCGCGCGAGGACGUGACGUCUUUAUCUGUAGUGGAGACCGAGGAGCCUAAAAUAAAGCCGCCGGUGCCCGCUUCUACCUAUAACUCGGGUAGUGGUGUACCGGUCGCGAACGCCAUCGUGCGCGUCAAAACUGAGGGCAUCGAGCCGAAGGUCAUCAUGGCCGCCAAGCCCAAGCCCGGCGGCAUGCCCCGGGCCUUGGAGAUCCAUAGAAGGACGAAGCUCUACGCGGCGCAGGACAUCACGCAACUUUUGAAGGAGAGAGGUAUCGACUACUCUGUCAAAUUCAAGAGUGAAGUAUUCGGGAAGGUUGGCGCCCCCUCGACAAAACUACCGCUCGAAGCCUUCGACGACGCGUCGUAUGAGGUGCACGAGGACUGGCUCGCGUUCGGCGCAGCGCUGCCGUGCAAAGCGCUCGUCUUGGAUGACGACGAGGUCGGCGCCUGGGCACCGGCGACGGUCACGGGCUACGACGUCGACAAGGGACUCUACACCGUUGCAGGACUGCCGGUCGCGGCGUCAUCAUCAUCAUCAUCCUCCUCCUCGUCGUCGUCAUCGUCAGACACUGAUGAAGUCGCCUUGCACCGCUUACAUAUCUGCUUCGCGGCCGAGGACCCGGUCAAUUUUGCUGAGAGAGUAAAAGCCGCACAUACUGCAAGAAGGGCCGCGGAGGCGCAGCUGCUCUUCGGGCUCUGCGUCGACUGCAUGCCGACGGAGGGCUGCGCCACGCCCGACGACGACGCGUUGCGACGCGUCGCGGCCUUGGCGACGUGUACGAGGACGUUGAGAGCACUGAAUCCGUCGACGGACAAAAUAGUCCAAGACUGCGCCCAGGACUACGCGCGGACGCUGAACGGGAUUGCUUUCAGAGCGGUACAUAAAACUGAUACUAGUGAACUGAUGCAGCUCCUAGAGCCUCCUCCACUUUCAGAAGAACGUUCCGUACCAGAGAGAGGCACGCAUCUCAUUGAGAGAUCAUCAUCCUACAAAGACGCCUUCGCCGCCUUUCGGUUCCAGUCGUGCUUAACAAGACCGGAAGUCUUCGCCAUCAUAACUGAUGUGAGGGCGGAGAACGAGAAGAUGCUCCUCCUCAAGCCCUUCAACCACGUCGCCAAAUCUACUAGGGUAGACGACUUCGGGAAACUGCAGCGCGACGCCACGGAUGCUGUUGCAGUUAAGUUGAAGAAGGAGUGGCCCCGUUAUGUCACGACGUGUCUGCGCCAGCACCUACGUCACGUCACGAAAGGUGCCGACUCGGCGUCUUUUUCAACUUGAACUUUGGGAAGAUGGUCUCGCCACGCAGGCUGGUACAACCUCGAGGAGUCUUCAGAUGAUAUAUAUAAAAAGAGCAAGUUAAAACAGUUCCUGCGGUGCCUCAACCUGAUGAUGGAGGUCCGUGACUCAGCGUCUUCAGUGAUCUUGAACUUGCCGGAGUCGUGGCGAUACCGCCUCGACGCCGUCGACGCGGCCGCGUGAGCGUCUAUGUGUCUCAUGAGAGAAUGUCCGUGCCACACAGGCCUGCAUGCGUACCUUACUGACGAACUCUGUCAAUGACUAUGCUUCAUUCUUGAAACAGUGUACGCAGACACAAGUUACUGUCCAAGACUGUUCUACCGUCACAAACGAUUCAAACUUCAGAAGGCCGCCGCUCUUCGCUGUCGACUUAGCUGUUGAGGAUGAUGCGUUUACGUACUCGUCAAAACUAGAUUCAUUUGUAAAUGUGCCGCUGGAGCGCUUCGACGACCUCAUGCGCCAGACGCAGUCCAUCACGCGCGUCGAGCGCGUCGUCAUGCGGAAUUUAUUUUGGUCGUUCGAGCCGGUCAUGAAGAGCGUGCACCCGAGCGAGGACUGGGUGCUGACGCGGCGUGAGAAAUGACCUUGAACUUGACGUCUGGUCGAUGGCGUCAUCAUGACGCCGUCGACGCGAUCCCAGGAGGGUCCACGCGUGUCGUGACGGCGUCCGUGCCACACAGGUGUCGGUACUGAGGGAAGAAGUGCGUACGGCACUCUCUGCGAGUGUAGAACCGCUCAAGGCUUACUUGGAGACGUACGAGCCGUACCUCGACUUUUUGAGACUAGAUGUUGACAAAUAUGUAGAGCAGGCCGAGGAGGACUACGGCGGGCCCCCUCCAGGUCUCAGUGAAGAUGAAAGGAAUGAACUGAACACGCCCGACCUCAACGUCAAUGAAUUGAGGAGGAUGGCCGAGGAGCACCUUCUCCAGAAGUCGCGAGUCGAGGACUCGGUGCCCGAAGUUGUGGAUGUUGGUGCCUACCACGUCUCUUGUCAGAAAGUGCGACGAUUGCUCGCCGAUAAACACCAGGAGACGGCGACGAAAUUGCUGGAUCUCGUCGCCAGAAAGACGGGCGACAACGCGACGGACGCGUCGGGCGAGUUCCAGAAGAUCAUGGACCGGCGCGCUCGCGGCGUCCUUUCGUCUUGUUACGCCAUCGACGCGACUCGUGGCCAUCAGAGAAGGCGACGGGUGGUCUCUGGUCCAAAUUUGAGCUGAUUCGGACCGCGCGGUCGCCUCGCACUCGCGAGAGAGGGAGAGAGCAAUCUUCACGGGUCGCGGCGAUAGCGUAGGGCCCAUACGCCAUCGACGCGACUCGUCUCCAUCAGACGAGAUUUUGAGCGCGUUUCGGGCGAGAUCGUCCGAACGGCCCCAAACUCGACAAAGAGACCACCACGAGUCGCGUCGACGGCGUGGAGGCGCCGCAACACUUCGAAACGCGCAGGCUGUCCAUCGAGCCCCAGAACAUCGAGGCGCUCACGGAGCUGCGCGACUACAAAGCGCAGGUCCCCGAGAAGUUGAUUGCGCUCAAAAAAGUGAUCGAGGAGGCCAUGCGGAAUUAUGCCGUUUGCGACGAGUUGUGUUACAAGUUGCCGGAGGCCGAUUUUCAAUUAAGGUGGGACUUGUAUUCGUGGCCCAAGAAAAUCACGGACGAAUGUGUGGAAUUGGAGGAGAAGUGCAUCCGGUUGGAGAACAAGCAGCAGAUCGAGAUGGAGGAGGCCCAGGCCGAGGUCCGUGAGUCAGUGUUGAAGUUGACCUUGAACUUUUUGUUGAAGCAGUGUCGUUCCCACGCAGUUCGCGGAGACCCUGAAAUAUUACCAGUCCGAGGUCGACGCGCUGUCGCAGUUCCACGACCUCAAAUUGGUGGACUCCAUCGCGCUCAAGGUCGCUACCAUCAAAAGCAAUUUAAGUAAAGCUGACGACGACGCGCGAUUGUACAACGCGCGCGAAAGCUUGUUCGGCAAACCCGUCACGGACUAUUCACAACUAAAAGAAAUUCAAAAGAAGUUUGAACCGUACGGCGCCAUGUGGGAGAGUGUGGAUUCCUGGCUCAAGCAGCACGCGGCCUGGCUCACCGACCCUUUUGCGGAGUUGGAUGCCGAAGCUGUAGAGUCGAGUGCCCAGACCAUUUUAAGAACGCUCAAAAAGUGCGAGAAAAAGUUCGAAAGUGUACCAGGGUGUUUAGAUGUUACAAGGACGAUUUUGAAAGAUGUUAGUGCCUUCGUGCCGCAUGUGCCGCUGAUCAUCGCCUUGCGCCAGAAAGGCUUGCGGGAGCGGCACUGGGAAGCUAUUUCCCAGAGAUCAGGUAAAAAGGUGCAACCUGAUGCUGAUUGGACGCUGCAAACGGUUUUUGACUUACAACUACAAGAUGAUGUGGACUUAAUACAAAAGCAGAGCGAGGUCGCCGGCAAGGAGUUCAGUAUUGAGACCUCAUUAGAUGCGAUGGAACGAGGCUGGGAGCCCAUCACGCUGCAGAUCGAACCGUAUAAAGAGACCGGGACUUCUGUGUUGCGGGGUAUUGAUGAAUACAUGGCUCUCUUAGAUGAGCACAUCACCACCACCCAGGCCAUGAGCUUUUCAGCGUUCAAAGGACCGUUCGAGGAGCGCAUCGACGCGUGGAACGAGACCUUGAACACGGUGUCGGAGAUGCUCGACGAGUGGAUAGCAGUGUCGAAAACUUCAAUUCGUGGUCUCUCGCGGUCGGAGCGAGGUCCUGCUCUCUGGAUACGGUCGUGUCCGAGUUUGGGCCGCUCCGAGGGCCGUGGUGCCGAGAUCGCGAGACGCGGUGGAUCGCGGCGAUGGCGUCCCCGCGGACGCAUCUCUGCUGGAAACGCCGUCGACGCGACGCUAGACACAAAUCAACUCGGAGAUCAGUAUCUCACCGGUCGAUGCCCACACAGGUGGAUCGCGGUGCAAAAGAACUGGUUGUAUCUGCAGCCCAUCUUCGACUCCCCCGACAUCAACAAGCAGCUCCCGGCCGAGGGCAAGCGCUUCGCGACCGUCGACAAGCACUGGCGCCAGACGCUCGGUUCAGCUAGUUCAGGUCAAAUGCCCGUCAUCCUCUUCUGCAACGACCCCAAGCUGCUCGUGAAGUUCCAGGAGUCGAACAAUCUCUUAGAUAUGGUCCAAAAAGGUUUAUCGGAUUACCUCGAGACGAAACGCGCGGGUUUUUCCCGGUUCUACUUUUUGAGCGACGGGGACUUGCUCGAAAUCCUGUCGGAGACGAAGGACCCGAAGAUGGUCCAGCCGCACCUGCGGAAGUGUUUUGAAGGCAUCAAAAGUGUCAAAUUUGAUAAUAGUCUAUGCAUCUCGCAGAUGACGUCGUCUGAAGGAGAAGUCGUGCCGUUCGUGACAGAUAUUGACCCCAAGGGUCCGUGGCGCAGCGUGGAUAUGGAACCUUACGCCAUCGACGCGACUCGUGUCCAUCUCACGAUGCCGGGGGUGGUUUCUUUUUGGAUUUUGAGCCAAUUCAUUCGUGUCGGGGCCGUCGCGGUCGCCUCGACGCCGUCGUCGUGAUCCCGUGCGCCACGCAGGCAAGAACAUCGAGGUCUGGAUGGUCGAGCUGAACCUCGCCAUGUGCGCCGCGGUGCGGGACCACAUGAUCCGGGCCGUGCGCGCGUACCCCGAUGUACAAAGGACGCGGUGGAUGCUCGACUGGCCGGGCCAGGUCGUCUUGAACGGGUCGCAAGUGCACUGGACCCUCGAGACGGAAAAGGCCCUGGCCGAGAAGGGGAAUCAAGGAGUGUAUGAUUAUUAUGAGCAAAUUAAAAGUCAGCUCGCGGACAUGGUCGGGAGCGGCGUCCCGUGACUUUCCGGCGGCCUUACGCCAUCGACGCGACUCGCCUCCAGGAGACGAGGCGCUGGGUGGUUUCUGUUUCGAAUUCGGGGCCGUUCGGACCGCGACGGGGCCGUCGUCGCGGCGAUGGCGUCGCGGCGAUGGCGUCGCGCGCCACGCCGUCGCCGCGGCCGCCCGAGAGUCUCCGCGCCUCGCGAGAGCACUCGAGGCGCGCCCAUCGCGCGGAAGGCUCAUGUCACAUCACGCAGGUCGUCCUCAUCCGGACGGGACUCAGUAGCAAUCAGCGGACGACGGUGGGAGCGCUCGCCGUCAUCGACGUCCACGCGCGCGACGUCAUGAAGGCCAUGGCCGACGCUGGUGUUAGUGAGUCUACUGAUUUCGACUGGCAGUGCUGACUCGGCGUCCGUUGAACUUCAACUUUGGGAAGAUGGCGUCGACGCGACGCAUCAGCAGUUUCGUGACGGCGUCGGUGCCACGCAGGUCGCAGAUGCGCUUUUACUGGGAAGGUUCGGACGAGGACGGGGACCUGUGGGUGAAGCAAGUUGAGAGCAAGCGUAGUUAUGGCUAUGAGUACCUCGGCAAUUCGUUUCGACUCGUGAUCACGCCGUUGACGGACAAAUGCUAUCUCACGCUCAUGGGCGCUUUACAGAUGAUCCUCGGUGGCGCCCCUGCAGGACCAGCAGGCACAGGAAAAACGGAAACCACGAAAGAUCUGGCCAAAGCCCUAGCCAAACAAUGCGUCGUCUUCAACUGUAGCGAUGGGUUAGAUUUCCGAGCCAUGGGCAAGUUCUUCAAGGGUCUAGCGUCGGCGGGCGCCUGGGCCUGCUUCGACGAGUUCAAUCGGAUUAAUAUUGAGGUCCUAUCUGUCAUAGCGCAGCAGAUCAUGACGCUGCAGGGCUGCGUGCAGCGGGGCGAGCCGCGGUGCAUCUUCGAGGACACGGAUAUUAACGUGAACCCCGAAUUUGCGGUCUACAUAACCAUGAAUCCCGGCUACGCCGGGCGGUCGACGUUACCGGACAACUUGGAGGCGUUAUUCCGACCGGUGGCGAUGAUGGUCCCGGAUUACGCGUUGAUUGGCGAAAUUAUGUUAUUUGCGUUCGGGUACAUGGCCGGCCGCAAGUGCGCCCAGAAGAUGGUCGCGACGUUUCGGUUGUGUAGCGAGCAGUUGUCGAGCCAGGACCACUACGACUACGGCAUGCGGGCCGUGAAGACGGUGAUUACGGCGGCCGGCAAUUUGAAAAGGGCGGCCCCGAACGAGAACGAGGAGGCUCUACUAUUGAGAGCUCUGCAAGAUGUCAAUAUUCCCAAAUUUUUAGCCCAUGAUUUACCUCUCUUUGAUGGUAUAUUAUCAGAUUUAUUUCCCGGCAUCGCGCGGCCGCCGUUCGACUACGGGCCCCUCAUCACCUCAUUAAAAAAUGCGAUUGAUGAGAAGGGUCUCCAGCCCGUGCCCAUCUUCAUCAAGAAAAAUAUCGAAUUGUACGAGAUGAUCUGCGUGCGGUGCGAUUUCCGCGUUUUGAAGUGUUGCGGUGCCUUCACGCCAUCGACGCGACUCGUGCCCAUCUCACGAUGACGUGGGUGGUUCGUUUGUGGAUUUUGAGCCGUUUCGGACCGAGUCGAGACGCGAUGGCCCCGACGCGGUCCGAGACGGCUCAAAAUCGACGAAAAGACCACCCACGGCCUGCUCUCCCCCAUACGCCAUCGACGCGACGCGCAAGAAGAUCAACAGAAGCCGCAACACGCGAUGCGCCGCGCAGGCACGGGCUCAUGGUCGUCGGGCCGACGGGCGGCGGCAAAUCCUCCAAUGUGAGGACGCUGCAACGAGCGUUAACGAUGCUCAAGAAUGAUAAGAUAGAGGGCAUCAAAUACGAGAAAGUAGAUAUUCAUCAUUUGAACCCGAAGUCGAUAACCAUGGGCCAGCUGUGCGCUCGCCGCGUUUUAUGAAGGUGCCUUCGACUCGUGGCCGUCUCACGAUGCCGUCGAGUCGCGAUGCGGUCCGAACCGGUUCGUUGAAGGACCCGAGACCUUCUCUGAUGGCCACGAGUCGUAGCAAUGACGCGAGAGCGCCCGACCGCCGCGGCACCGCGCGACACCGCCGCAGGUACGGCAUGUUCGAUCCCAAUACGUUGGAGUGGCAGGACGGUGCGAUCUCGGCGUCCCGCGGUGCUGCGGCGCCUCCACGCCAUCGAUGCGACUCGUGUCCAUCUCACGAUGCCGUGGAUGGUUUCUUUUUCGAGUUUGAGGCAGUUCGGACCGCGUCGAGACCGCGAUGCUGACCGCGAUGCCCCGCGCAGGGAUUCUCGCGAACAUCGUGCGACUUUGUAUUAAAAAUACGGCGCCCGACCUCCAGUGGGUCAUGUUCGAUGGCCCUGUGGACGCGAUCUGGAUCGAGAACAUGAACACGGUCUUGGAUGAUAAUAAAAAGCUCUGUUUGACCUCUGGUGAAAUAAUGUCGCUGUCGGACAUGAUGACGAUGAUGUUCGAGCCGGAAGAUCUCGCAGUAGCUUCUCCGGCGACCGUUUCCAGAUGUGGCAUGAUCUACAUGGAGCCCAAGUCGCUCGGCUUCGAUCCCUUGGUGCUGACUCGGCGUCCCGCGGUGCUGCGGUGCCUUCACGAAACCGCACCGCCUCGACGUCGUCGAUGCGGCCGUGUCGCGACGGUAUCCAUCAAACACAGGUCAUGUCGUGGCUCGAGCGGCUGCCCGAGUCCUUCGGCCCCGCGCACAAGAUGAAGUUGCUGACCUUGUUCGACACGUACCUCGGCGCGACGUGCGGCAUUUUGAGGAGGACGAUGAAUGAACCGUUCCCGACGGUCGACGGCGCGCUCCUCGAUUCGCUCCUGAAUCUGAUGGACUGCGAGUUCCACCUCUUCUACCCGCGCGAGGGCCAGGAAAAUAAAUCCCAGGAAGAGGUCGACCAGUGCGCGGAACACAUGGAGGCGAUCUUCUUUUUCGCGUUCAUCUGGAGCGUGUGCUGCCCGUUCCCGCGUCUUUUGUUUGCCUUCACGCUAUCGACGCGACUCGUGUCCGUCAGACGAGGUCGUGGGUGGUUUCUUUGUCGAAUUCGAGGCCAUUCGGACCGCGUCGAGCGACCGCGAUCCGAUGGCGUCUGAGAUGAACUCACGGACAUCCGUGAUUCUCGCGUCGAUGGCGUCUGGAGAGUGUCGUCGUGCCCUCCACGCCGUCGCCGCGGAGCGAGAGCGCCGCCGCGAGACCUUGACAAAACGCAGGCACGGUCGACCAGGAGGGCCGGCACUACAUGGACGUCUUCGUGCGGCAGCACAUGCGCAUGAACUCGAGCCAGUUCCAACUCCCUCCGGAAGGGUCGAUCUAUGAUUAUUUGUACGACACCAGUCAAAGUAAAUGGAUCCCGUGGAUGGACACGGUCCGUGACUCGGCGCGAAAAAUGAACUUGAACUUUUUGUGAGAGCGGCGACGUCGUCUUCAUGAUCACCAGGGCGCCCACGCGGCUCGUGUCGCGACGGUAUCCAUCAAACGCAGGUCAAGCCCUACGAGCACGACCCGUCCGCGUCCUUUGCCGAACUCAUCAUCCCGACGCCGGACAGUGUCCGAUACACAUACCUACUAGAAACUUUGGUACUACACAACAAGCACGUCAUGAUGACUGGUCCCACCGGCACGGGCAAGACGGUCAAAACUCGGCGUUUUGACGUGUUGCGGUGCCUUCCAUGUGACUCGUGUCCAUCAGAGAAGGCGCUGGUCCAAAUUUGAGUGAAUUCGUGAUGCUCCGCGCAGGUGAACGUGAACCGCCACUUGCAAGGGGGCUUCAACCCCCUGAAAUACGUGCCCAUCUGCCUGACCUUCAGCGCGCAGACGUCGGCCAAUCAAGUCCAAGAUUUGCUCGACGCGAAGUGCGAGAAACGGCGCAAGGGCAUCUUCGGGCCCAGCGCGGGCAAGAAAUACAUACUUUUUGUGGACGACGUGAACAUGCCCCUCAAGGAGGAGUACGGCGCGCAGCCGCCCAUCGAAUUAUUGAGGCAGUGGUUCGACAACCGCGGCUGGUGCUGACUCGGCGCGAUUUCCUUCGAUUUCUCAACUUGAACUUUGGGACGAUGGCGUCUUCAUGAUCACACGAGCGUCGACGCGCCUCGCGACGGCGUCCAUUCCGCGCAGGUACGACCGCAAAGCACUUACUUUUCGGCAGAUUAUUGAUGUGGUCUUCGUUUGUGCCUGCGGUCCUCCCGGAGGUGGGAGGCAAUCACUAUCAGCACGCUUUCCAAGACACUUCAACACCGUCGGCUACACGCCGAUGCAGGAUAGCAGCAUGCAAAGGAUCUUCCAGACCAUCCUAACGAAUUUUUUGAAUGCACCGGGCUGGGAGGACGAAGUUAAGAGUCUGGCGAACGGCGUCGUCGACGCUACGAUCGAGAUCUACAACACCAUACUCAGAGACCUGCGGCCGACGCCCGCGAAGAGCCACUACCAGUUCAACCUGAGGGACAUUUCGAAAGUCUUCCAGGGCGUGCUCAUGGUCCUCCCAUCCAAAUUCAAGACGGCGCAGAGCAUGAUCCGACUGUACACGCAUGAAAAUCAGCGAAUUUUCGGCGAUAGAUUGAUCAAUCAAGAGGACCACGUCUGGUUCGACGAUUUACUUGAAAAGUGUACGAAGAAGCACUGCGGCGACGAGUAUGAAGUAUCGAGUUGUGUCAUCGCCGAUUUCAUGGUACCGGGGGCCGACCCGCGCAUCUACGAGGAGGUCUCGGACAUGAGUCAGCUGCAACCGACCAUCGAGGAGUACCUCAAUGAUUAUAAUGCGGAGUCGAAGCAGCCGAUGCCGCGCGUCACGGUGUGGACAUCUAUCUCGGCACCGCGGCCAUGUUUUCGGCUCAAACUCGAGCACGACGUCCCUCUGAUACCCUCGACCGUAUCCAGAGAGUAGCAACUCUACGACCGCGAGAGGCCCCGAAUUGAAGCACAACUUGAACUUCACACAGGCUCGUCAUGUUCAUGGACGCGAUCUCGCACGUGGCGCGCAUCACGCGCGUGCUGCGCCAGCCGAAGGGCAACAUGCUGCUGCUGGGCGUCGGUGGGAGUGGCCGCCAAAGUCUCUCACGCUUGUCGACGUUCAUGGCCGAGUGCAAGAUUUUUAGUAUCGAAAUCACGAAAGGAUACGGUACUGACUCGGCGUGAAAAAUCAACUUGAACUUGACGCGGUCACGGCGAUGGCGUCUUCAUGAUCACCAGAGCGCCCACGCGGCUCGUGAGAGAGUAUCGCGACGGCGUCGUUCCCACACAGGGCUGUCGGAGUGGCGCGAAAGUCUCAAAGAGAUCCUGCUCUACGCGGGCAUCAAGGCCCAGCCCGCCGUCUUCCUCUUCAGCGACACGCAGAUUGUGUUUGAGGCCAUGCUCGAGGACAUCAACAACGUCUUAAAUACCGCAAGUGACUCAGUGUUGAAGUUGAACUUGAACUUGCAUCAUCAUGAUAUUCCACGCAGGGCGACGUCCCGAACCUCUACGUGCCCGAGGACGACGAGACCAUCACGACGGCCUGCAAGCAGGACUGCAUGCGGAAGCGCCUCCAGCCGACCAAAUUAAAUAUUUUUGCGUGUUACCUCGCGCGCGUCAUGGCCAACCUGCACUUGAUCCUCUGCUUCUCGCCGCUGGGCGAGGCGUUCCGCAACAGGUUAAGGAUGUUCCCGUCAUUGGUCAACUGUAGCACGAUCGACUGGUUCGCCGAAUGGCCCGUGACUCAGUGUUGAAGUUGACCUUGAACUUGAUCUGGUGGAGGCGAUGGCGUCCGAGAGCGUCGUCACGACGCGUGCCUCGCUUCUCGACGAGUCUCGUGAUUGGUCGUAUCAACGCAGGCCCCGCGAAGCCCUGCAUAGCGUCGCGCAUCGGCUCCUCACGGAGGAGAACUUGGAGUUGGGCGAGAACAACGCUCACCUCGAGUCGUGCUGACUCAGCGUCCGAUGCUGGUCGAUUUCUCAACUUGAAUUUGCGUCGAUGGCGCCCACGCGACGCCGUCGACGCGGCCGUCGGAGCGUCUACGCGUCGCGUGAGAGAGCUGUGGCCGUGUCGCGACGGUAUCCAUCAAACGCAGGUGCGUCACGUUCUUCAAGGACGCCCACGUCUUCGUCGCGCGUAGAUCCGAAGCUUUUCUGGCCGAGCUCGGCCGGCACAACUACGUGACGCCCACGUCCUACCUCGAGUUGCUCGCGACGUACAAGCAAGUUUUAGCGUUGAAGCGCGACGAAGUGGGCACGCUCAAGAACCGCCUACGAGUAGGCUUAGAUAAACUGAUCGCGACGGCCGAACAAGUCGAAGACUUGCAGGUCAAACUGACGGCCAUGGAGCCCGUAUUGAUAAAGACGCAGGGCGAGGUCGAGGCGAUGAUCAUUAACAUCGACAAGGACAAGAGAGACGCGGCCGAGACGCAGACGGUCGUCGCGGCCGAGGAGGAGGCGGCCCAGACGAAGGCGGCCGAGACGAAAGCGAUUGCGGACGAUGCCCAGAGAGAUUUGGACGAAGCGUUGCCAGCGUUGGAGGAGGCCGUGAAGUGUCUUAACAGUCUAAAAAAGUCAGAUAUCGACGAGGUGCGGACGAUGGGCAAGCCGCCGGCCGGUGCGCUCCGUGUCCUUGCGUCGCGACGCGGCCCAAAAUCGAAAAAGAGACCACCCCCGGCCUCCUGAGAUGGACACGAGUCGUAUUGAGGAAGUGAGAGCGCCGCAGGACCCCCGCACCACGCGAAACCGCCGCGCAGGCGUCAAGCUGACGAUGGAGGCGUGCUGCAUCAUGUUCUCGGUCAAGCCCGAGAUGGAGAAGAACCCUGAUGGUAAGUGUCCUUUACGCCAUCGACGCGACUCGUCUUCAUCAGAGGAGGCGCUGGGUGGUUUUUUGAGAGAUUUCGAGGCCGUUCGGACCGCGUCGCGACACGCGGCCGCGGCUCUCUCGCGAAGCCUCUCAGAUGGUCAUGACGACGGCGCCGAGGCGUCGCGGCGACGGCACGCCAUCGAGGCGACGGCACGCCGUCGCCACGAUACCACGCGCAGGCAUGGGCAAGGUCCCCAACUACUUCAAGUCCGCCCAGAAGGAAUUACUGAGUUUAGGAGGGAAAUUGAUCGACAAGAUGAAGGACUACGACAAGGACAACAUUCCCACGAAGGUCAGUGACUCAGCGUGAUUUCCUUCAAUUUCUCAACUUGAAUUUUGGGAAGAUGGCGUCAACGCGAUGCCACACCGCCGUGACGCCGUCGACGUGGCCGUCAGAGCGUCGACACGUCUCGGGAGUGCCCGGAGACGGUUUCGUGACGCCGUCGUUCCGCGCAGAUCAUCGACAAAAUCGGCCCUUACAUCGAGAUGGAGGCGUUCACGCCGGCGCAAGUGCAAAAAGCUUCCAAGGCCUGCACGGCCAUGUGCAUGUGGGUGCGGGCCAUGCACAAGUACCACCAGGUCAGCGUGAUGGUCGAGCCCAAGAAGAAAUUGUUAGCGGAGGCGACGGCCGAGCUCGAGGAGACGAUGCAGAAGCUCGCGCGUAGCUCCGCGUCUUGAACUGUCAUCAACUUGUAUCCAUCGCACGAUGCCGGGGGUCGUUUUUUGAGCUGUUUCGGACACCAUCGUCGCUGCGCGUCAGAGAGGCCGCGGUCGCGUCGAUGGCGUCUUCACGAGACAACGUGGUCCCACGCGAGUCUACGUGGUCGUCAGGACGCCGUCGACGCGACGCCACAUGGGACCGCUUCCCGUGAAUGCGGCGCGCGCGCAGGCCGAGGCCCAGGCGAAACUAAAAGCCGUCAUGGACAAGCUUGAAAGACUGGAGAAGGAGUUCAACGAAGCUAAUGAUAAAAAAAUGCAAUUACAACGCGACGUGGAAGAAUGUGCUGCGAGACUUGAAAGGGCUAAAAAAUUAAUAGGGGGUUUAGGCGGCGAGCGCACGCGCUGGACGGAGUCCUGCGCGACCCUCGAGUUGAGCUACGCGAAGCUGGUGGGCGACGCGCUGAUUUCCGCGGCGACCAUUGCUUAUACCGGAGCUUUUACACCUACCUUUAGGAAGGGCAUGACGGACCACUGGCAGACGCGGCGCGCCCGCGGCGUCCCAUGCGACUCGUGGCCAUCGCACGAUGACAUGGGUCACACACGCAGGCUCGAGGAGCUUUCAGUCCCACACAUGGAGGGCUGCACCAUCACGAAGACGCUGGCGGACCCGGUCGCGAUCCGGACCUGGACGAUUUGUGGAUUGCCGCAGGACGCGUCGUCCGUCGAGAACGGGAUCAUCAUGUCCAAGGCGCGCCGGUUCCCGUUGCUCAUCGACCCCCAGGGCCAGGCGAACCGCUACAUCAAGAACAUGGGCAGGGACCCGUCGCUCGCGGAGAACGGCACUGACUCGGCGUGGAAAAUGAACUUGAACUUGACGUGGUCGCGUCGAUGGCGUCUUCAUGGUCGCGCGGGACGCCGUCGGUCGACGCAGGCAUCGAGGUCACGAAGCUCACGGAAAAGAAUUACCUGCGAACUUUAGAAAAUGCGGUGAGGUUUGGCCGGUGGGUCCUCAUGGAGAACGUCCUCGAGACCUUGGAUGCCUCCUUGGAACCGCUGUUGUUACAACAGACGUUCGUCCAGGGCGGCACGAAGAUGAUCAAGAUCGGCGACUCGACGAUCCCGCGCGCGCGCGGCGUCCCCUUUCACGCCAUCGACGCGACUCGUCUCCAUGAGAGAAGACGGUGGGUGGUCUCUGGUCCAAAUUUGAGGCCAUUCGGACCGCGUCGAGACCGCGACCGCCGUUCGAGUCGCGAUUCGGUCCGAACCGGUUCAUUGAAGGACCAGAGACCACCCAUCGCCUUCUCUGACGGAGACGAGUCGCGUCGACCACCUCACGCCGCCGCGCGACCGCCACGCGCCGAGAUACGACUGCCCCGAACGCAGGUGGAACGACAGCUUCAAAUUCUUCAUGACGUCGAACCUGCCGAACCCGCACUACGCGCCGGAAGUUUGUGUGAAGGUGUCUCUCUUAAAUUUUGCCAUCACGCCGGUCGGGCUCGAGGACCAAUUACUUGGGGUUGUCGUCGCGGAGGAGCGGCCGGACAUGGCCGAGAAGAAGAACAGCCUCGUGCGUCUCGCGGCGUCCAUGCGACUCGUGGCCAUCAGACGAGGCCGGGGGUGGUUUUUCGAGCCGAUUCGGACAUCGUGAUCCCGCGCAGGUCGUCGCCAACGCGUCCAUGAAGAAGCAGCUCAAGGAGAUCGAAGACAAAAUAUUGUACAUGCUCUCGAACUCGACCGGCAAUAUUUUAGAUGACCACGAGGUCCGUGAGUCAGUGUUGAAGUUGACCUUGAAGUUGACACGUUGACGCCGUCGACGCGACCGUCCCACGCAGCUCAUCGAGACGCUCGCGUCGUCCAAAAUCACGUCGACGGACAUCACGGAGAAGGUGGCGGACGCGGAAGUGACGGAGCAGGAAAUCGACGCGUACCGCGAGAGGUAUCGUCCCGUGGCUUAUAGGGCUACGAUCCUCUAUUUCUCGGUCGUGAACCUGUGCGUGGUCGACCCGAUGUACCAGUACAGUCUGCAGUGGUUCCAGGCGCUCUUUGUCGCCGCUAUUUCGAAGGCGGAGAAGGCCGAGACGCUCGAAGCGCGGUUAGACGUCCUGAACACGUUCUUCACGUACUACGUCUACGUCAACGUCUGCCGGCGCUGACUCAGCGUCUUCAUUGAACUUCAACAUGACGUGGUGAUGGCGUCGUCAUGAUCACACGAGCGUCGACGUGCCACGCAGGUCGCUCUUCGAGAAGGACAAGCUCCUGUUCUCCUUCCUACUCACGGUGAAGAUCCUCGACGGUUCGAACGAGAUCGACGCGACGGAGUGGCGGUUUCUCAUUUCCGGGAAGACGACGGCUGCCGUCGACGUGGAGAACCCGGCGCCCGAGGGCAACGCGGGCGGCUGGAUCGACGGGCGCAUGUGGUCCGAGGUCUGCGCCAUUUCCGGGGCAGCCAAUUUCGAGGGCUUCGCGGCCGACUUCAAAAAUCACCUGCAAGCGUGGCGGGCUUAUUUUGAUUGCGUCGAGCCGCAUCUACAGAGGCUGCCCGAUAAAUGGAACGACUGUCUCAACAGUUUCCAGAAGUUGUGUGUGCUGCGGUGCCUGCGCGUCGACAAGGUCACGGACGGCGUCAUGGCUUACGUGAUCGAGAAGAUGGGUCAAAGGUCGCUGACUCGGCGUCAAUUUCUUUGAAUUUCUCAACUUCAACUUCGCGUCGACGGCGUCAAUGCGACGUUCCGCCACCGUGACGCCGUCGACGAGGCUGCCAGAGCGUCUGCACGUCGCGUGAGGGAGCCGCGGCAGUUUCGUGUGACGGUAUGAAUCGACGCAGGUUCAUCGAGCCCCCGCCCUUCAAUCUGGCCAAUUGCUACAAGGACUCGUCCAACUUGACGCCGUUAGUAUUUAUACUGAGCAAGGGUAGCGACCCCACCAAAGCCUUCAACAUCUUCUGCGGCGAGAUGAAGUUCCACAAAAAAGUACAAAGUCUCAGCUUGGGCCAGGUCCGUGACGCAGCGUGAAAAAUGAACUUGAACUUGAUCUGGUGGAGGCGAUGGCGUCUUCAUGAGGCCGUGUCGCGACGGCGUCGUUCCACGCAGGGCCAGGGCCCCAAGGCCACGCAGAUGAUCGAGGACGCGGCCCAGAAGGGCACCUGGGUCUAUUUGCAGAACUGCCAUCUUUUUGUGAGUUGGCUGAUUAACCUCGAGGUGCUCUGCGACAAUUUGACGCCGGAAAAGACGCAUAGGGACUUCCGGCUCUGGCUCACGAGCAUGCCCUGCGCGCAAUUUCCCGUCUCAAUACUGCAAAAUGGCGUCAAGAUGACGAACGAGCCGCCGAAGGGUGCUGACUCAGCGUGUUGAACUUCAACUUGAAGUUGCGUCAUGAUCCCAGGAGCGUCUACGUGCCACGCAGGCCUCAAGGCAAAUUUAAAAGCUACGUACUACAAGAUGACGGACGCGGAUCUCCAAAUUACGCACAAGCCGGACGCGUAUCGGAAAUUGUUGUUCGCUUUAUGUUUCUUCCACGCGUGCUGCCAGGAGCGGCGCAAGUUCGGCCCGCUCGGCUGGAACGUGCUGACGCAGCGUCGCAUGCAGUUUUUCAACCUGAAGUUUUCGUGACUCGGUCCGAACCGGUUCACUGAAGGACCAGAGACGCUCGCGUUCCCGCGCAGGUGCCCUACGAGUUCAACGAGACGGACCUUGAUAUUAGUAGAGACCAGUUGCAGCUCUUCUUAGACGCGUACGACGAGAUUCCUUACAGGGUAUUAUGCUUUUUAACCUCGUAUAUAAACUACGGCGGGCGCGUGACGGACUACAUCGAUAUCCGGACCUGCGACGUCAUCAUGAAGAGCUUCUAUCGACCGGCUAUCUUCGAGAAGGACUAUCCGUUCGAGCCGUCCGGGACGUACCGAAGCAUCGACCCGGACCCGGAAAACCCGCACCAAAGCUACAUGGACUACAUCGAGACGCUCCCAUUAACCGCGGGGCCGGCGAUCUUCGGCAUGCACGAGAACGCGAACAUCAGCUGCGCCUUCACGGAAGCGAUGGGCAUGUUUGAUACUUUGUUGACGAUGGAGGCGUCCGGCGGGAGUAGUGGGGGCGGCGGGUCCGAGGAACUCAUCGCCUACGAAGUGGCAGCCAUAACGGAGAAAUUGUCGCAGCGGGGUCGCUUCGACGUGCCGGGCAUCCAGAUGCAGUACCCCGUACUGUGCGAUCUCGGCGUCCCGUCGUGUAGAGACGCCUUCACUUCAUUCAAACGACUCGUGUCCAUCAGAGGAGGGCGUGGGUGGUUUCAAUUUUGCUGAAGAGGCCGUUCGGACCGCGUCGAGAGACGAUUCGACUCAAAAUCCAAAAAGAAAGCACCCACUUCCAUCAUUCCUGGAGACGACGCGCGUCGACCACCUCGCGCCGCCGCGCGACCGUCUCAUGCUGAAAUACGACGGCUCCGCGCAGGUAUGAAGAAUCGAUGAACACCGUGCUCGCCCAGGAGUGCAUUAGGUAUAACAAACUCGUCGACGUCAUGGAGCUGACGCUGCCGCAGUUAGAUAAAGCUUUACAAGGCUUAGUAGUGAUGUCUGGUGAAUUGGAAAGCAUGGGCCAGUCGAUCGCUUUAGGUCAAGUGCCCGGAGCCUGGGAAGCUAAAGCGUAUCCCUCAUUAAAACCAUUGGGGCCGUGGACGGACGACCUCAUGUUGCGGUUGGACUUUGUGCGGGACUGGAUUGCAAAGGGAAUUCCCGUGACCUUCUGGAUUAGUGGCUUCUACUUCCCGCAGGCCUUCUUGACGGGCUCCAUGCAGAACUACGCUCGAAGCAAGCAGUAUCCGAUCGAUACGAUCGCCUUUGACUUUUUGAUGCUAGAUACUUUUAGUGCCGAAAGUAUCACGACGAAGCCGCAGGACGGUGUUUAUAUUCGGGGACUGUUCCUGGAGGGCGCGCGCUGGGACCCGGAACUUAGAUCUCUCAAUGAUUCUAGACCAAAACAAUUGUUUUCUCCCGCCCCGAUCAUGCACCUCUCGCCCUGCAAAGAUAGAACAGAGCCGACCGGAGGAAUAUAUAGAUGCCCCAUCUACAAGGUGCUCUCUCGACGAGGAGUGCUGUCCACAACAGGGCACAGUACGAACUUCGUCAUGUGGAUCGAGAUCCCGUCGAACCGCGAGGACGGCGUCAACAACGACGGGAAAGUGGAUCAAUUGGAGUGGGCGAAAGGAGGGGUGGCGGCCUUCUGCUCGCUGAAGUUCUAAGUAGGCUUCAUUGUA